UUUAGAUUUUAAAAAAUUGUUAUUCUGAUCACAUUUGUACACAUGAAAUCUUUUGACGGCAUGUGAAUAAGAAGUGUAUAAAUUCACAGAUCUUUUUUUCACGUAUACAGUGAUCACUGGUUGAGGGAAAAAAAUGAGUCACAGACUUGAAGAACCUAUGAAGCGAACCAGUGUGGUCAACCUUGAUAAACUUUUAGAUAACAUCUCAGAGAUAGAAAAGAAAAUAACAGAAGUUAAUGAUGUAAAUAACCUACUGGUUUUUAAGCUGGAAAAAUGUAACAGAUUGUUAACAUUAAGCCAGUCAAAGGAAGAAUCAGUAAGAGAAGAAUGUGCUACUCUACAGAAUGUUGUGAAGGGUUUAACACAAACCAUUGAAAAACUGUGUAACGUGAAAGAUGAGAAUGAUAGACUAAAGGGUACCAUUCACAUCUUGGAAGAGAAAUUAAAGACUUGUGAACAGGAAUAUAAAGGUCAGAUUGAGAAACUUAUGAAGGAAAUUAAAACCAAAGAGGAAGACCACAAAUCAGAAGUAAUGAAGCUGAAUUGCGAUAUGAUGAAAAAAAUUGAAGCAAAAGAAAGGGAGUAUAAAGAAGAAAGAGAAAAAAAAGACCUGGAAACACAAGAGAUAACUAGACAGCUGAGAAUUCAAAACGAAGAGAAGCAGAAAGAAAUCAUUAAACUGCAGAUAGAGUUCAAUGCUAAAUUGGCAACAGUUCAGGGUAGAAAAAGAUCAUUUUGGGAAUCUUCUGCGUUUCCACAAAGUAUCUAUAGAAGAAAGCUGCAGAAUUUCCAGGAGGAGAAAAACCAAGAACUUGAACGUCUCAGAAACACCAUAAAAGAAUUAGAGAAACGUCUUCUUAAAGAGCAAGAGCAGCACUUCAAACAGAGGCAAUUCUGAGUAAAUGACAUGACGUAUUUCAUUACUAC